AGGGUUUCGCUCGCUGCCUCGUAGCGUGGCAACAAUGGCGUUCAAUCAGAAGAACCCUCCGUGGCAGCGCAAUGCUGGCCACCAAGGCAUCACCAACAUGCAAACUAUAGUCAGCUUUCCGCAAGCGCAGCCCGUUUACAACCCGAGCAUAGGUCUGCAGCAACAGCAAAAUAUCUCCAUUCUGCCUCCAAUGGGUCUCCAGCAACAGCAGAUUUACUCGCACACAGUGCAGUAUCCUGCCGCCCGUACUAUAGGCGCGAUCAGUUUCCAAAACCAACCGCAACCACAACCGGCCCAAGCCCCGGUGAAUCAAAAUCCGUCAAAAUUCAAUCCAAAUAACCGAGUAUUCAGCGGGACUGGCACGGUGACGAAGACUCAUAGCGACUGCGGGUUCAUCGAUGAUGAGGUGUUUUUCCACACGAAUGUAUGUGUCAAGGGGGUGAUUCCGAAGGAAGGCGAUCGUGUUCUGGUGGAUGCUGCUUACAAUUCUAACAUGCCGUUCAAAUGGAACGCGUCCCGAGUGCAGUUGUUGCACCCAACCAACACAAACUCUCCGGCAACGGGCGCGCAUGUGAAUACCGCUGGAAGAUCGCACGGAGGAACAAUUUACAAUGCUAUUGCGAUGGGUUCGCAGGAAGUCGGAAAUCGAUCCCGUAAUCGUUAUAGUCCACCUUACAAAUCGCCCGACCGGCAAUCGCAUCGCGCUUCAAACAACCGAUCGAACAAGGAAGAGUUUGAUGAACCCGAGCGCCGACGUCGCCGUGAGGAACGCGACAAUGAUCGACCGUAUCGCGAAAAGCAACGGGAACGUUCUAACGAACGUCGUGAAAAGGAACGCAGUCCGGUGCGCAGGUCGUCGCCAAAACGCAGACGUGUUCGCUCGGUUCCCCGUUAUAUGGUACAAGUGCCAAAACAUCUUCUAACCAUAAAAUCUGCAGAAGUAAUGGAAGUGCGUCGGCGAUAUAACAAUCUCUACAUUCCGUCAGACUUUUUUAUCUCGGAUAUCCGCUGGACAGAAUCGUUUCUACCCGGUGAAGCCUUCUCCAUUCGCAACUCAUGCCAAUUUCACAUCAUGCACAAGGAUGUCGAAUCGCCAGAGCAACAGCUUGGCCAUAUUCCCGACGACACCGGCUUAGAUCCAGCCGAUGCAGACUACCUAUAUAGUGCAAAAGUGAUGCUCAUAAGUACGCCUCCUAUCGAAGAGUUUUAUGAGAAGUGUUUUGCGAAGGGCGAGGACCGCUAUGACGUAGAGCGCGACUACAUGCAUCCUACUAGACUAAUCAGUUUUCUCGUUGGUACGCGUGGCAAAAAUGAAACUAUGGCCAUCGGUGGACCUUGGUCACCAUCGUUGGAUGGACUAAACCCUUACUCCGAUCCAACCGUGCUGGUCCGGACGGCGAUACGCACUUGUAAAGCAAUGACAGGAAUUGAUCUUUCGAAAUGCGCCCACUGGUACCGUUUCGUGGAGCUCUAUUACCGUCGUUCCGAAACCCAGCACAAGGGUCGUUUGAUUCCACCACGUGUAGAAACGGUGGUCAUAUUUCUGCCCGAUAUGCGCUCCUGCCAGCCAACCCUCUUGGAGUGGGAGCAAACCCGGCUUUGCUACAAAGCUAGCUUGGCCCGCGUUAUUAACAGUAGCAGCUCUAUUGACAGCGGCGCCGAGGAAGCGAACCAGGGUAUUGCUAAACGUAAAACUCAGGAUGAUGCAGCAGCAACGCUCCUGCAGGGUAAACAGCCUGCAUCUUCAGAAGCAACAUCGUCGUCACCGUCGUCGAUAUUGUCAUCUGCAGAAACAAUAGCAAUAGUAGCACCAUUGGCCGUAGCCGUAGAUCAGAAUUCAACGGGUGACACCGACGAAGCGGAUGCAACGGCUACGAUCGUAACUCCCUCAACAGCAGAAGCAGCAAUAUCACUAGCAGCAGUUCCGUCAGAACCAGUAGCAGAGUUAACAACAGAAGCAGCCACUGCACCACCAUUGUUGGGCGUUGUGUAUCCGGCAACAUCACAGACAGCAGCAUCAACGGUGACAGAAACAGAGCAAGCGGGGAAGCAGCAGUUCGGCACCAACAACACCUCAUUAGCAUCUUCGAUAAUGGAAGUCUCGGAACCUGGAAAAACACUGAGUGCAGAAACGGAUACGAUUGAUCUUAUGGAAUACAAAAAGAUGAAGGUUGCUGAACUAAAGGCCGAGUUGACUGUUCGUAAUCUGCCCACUGACGGGAUUAAAGCUGUGCUCCUAUCUCGCCUGUCCGCGGUAAUCAUUAAGGAGCAGCAACAGAAGCAGCAACAGCAGCUACAGCAGCUACAGCAGCUACAGCAACAGCAGCAGCAGCAGCAGCAGCAGCAGCAGCAGCAGCAGGAGCAGCAGGAGCAGCAGGAGCAGGAGCAGCAGCAGCAGCAGCAAAAACAGCAGCAGGAACAGCAGCAGCAGGAGGAGAAGGAAGAGCAGCAGCACGAGCAGGAACAAGAGCAGCUGCAUGAGAAGUCAAAUGAGCAGCAGGAACAGCAGCAGAAACAGCAGGACCAACACUCAAUGGAAACUGAUAAUUUAGAAGAUGAUGUUGAAAAUCCUAUGACCCUACCUGAUGAAGAGAUUCUCGUCACAGCCGAGGAGGCAGCGGCGGUAAUCAAAGAACUAGAAGCAUCACCAGAAAUUAAACCUUCGUGCGAACCAGCAAUUAACAGUGAAAACACAAUUAAUCAAGCCGUUGACAAUGACGCAUCAAUGGAAGUUGAUAAUGACGAUGCCGCGUCAAUAAUGGCAAAUACUAAAGUAAAGUCGGAGGGCAAACCAACGGUUCAAAAGGUUAAGCUUAGUGAAAAAGAGCGUCAGCUGUUGGAUAAACGCUACGUAUUGCCGGAGAAACCACAUAUUAUUGUGCAUCCGUCACGUGUUGCUAAGUCGGGAAAGUUUGACUGCUCAGUUAUUUCCCUAUCGGUGUUGCUUGACUAUCGUCCGGAAGAUACAAAGGAGUACUCCUUCGAGGUAUCGCUGUUCGCCGAGCUAUUUAAUGACAUGCUGGCUCGCGAUUUUGGCUUCAAAAUCUACAAAGAGUUAUGUUUGCUCCCUGCUGCGAAAAAAGAAGGCGAUAAGAAGGAUGGCACUGCUGAUGGGGCGAUUUCAAAAACUGUUUCUGAAAGUGGCAAAUCAAACGGAGACGAUCAAAAACCAACAUCUGGAGAUAAGGGUGACGAUGGUAAACGGGUUGGUGAUACGGAAGAGCGUGAGACACGUAAGCGUUCAACGCGUCAUCCUGGUGAAAGUGACGAGGAUCGUAAUGCAAGAGAAAAAGCUGUCAAACCGCACAUCAACACGGAUCUUCAGCUCUCGUUUCUCUAUUUUGACGUUACGCAUUGUGGCUACAUUUUUGAAAAGGAUUUAGAGGAAAUCAUCUACACACUUGGCCUCAAUCUCCCCCGCUCACAAAUACGCAAAAUAGUGGCCAAAGCUACCGUUCGCGAUACAUUACAUUACCGUAAACUGACGGAACGUCUGCCAAUCGAUCCAACGGCGGAGGCGCUGGAAGACUCAGAAUCCGAACAAAAAAAGCUGCCAGAUAAUGAAGGCACUGGUAGUGAUGCCGCACAGGAGGCCCUUGACGACGGUGCGGGAAAAGCAAUAUCGGACAAGAUCGUGACCGAAAUUACUCGUGGUAAUACGGACUACAAAAUGCAAAUCAAACAAAGUCUGGAUCGUUUAGUAAACGACCCGGAUAGAGAGAAACACCAUUCCGGCAGUAAUUCAAAGGAAUUCGACACAGGAAAGAGCGAAGGAGCAUCUUCAAUGCAAAACGGCUUUUUCGAAUACAACGGUUCCAUCAUUGACGUAGCGAAGAUGCUGGAGCGAAUGAAUCGCACUGAGGCAGAACUGGAUACCACAAAGAAAUUGUUGCUGAUUUCGGAGGUCAAUAACGUCGAAUUGAGGUCUAACAACAGCCUGACCAACAAUAAAGUAAGGGAGUUGGUCGGCGAAACGAAAAACUUGACAAGAAAGUUGAUCGAUAUUGAGCAAACUGUGCGCGAUCUUUCGAAAAAGAAUACCGAAUACUAUGCAAUUAUGAACAAUGUUUACGACCGUCUGGGUGCCGUUGUACACAAACGAGAUCGUAAACGAUCCACUUCGACCGUAUCAUCCAAGCGAGAAAGCUCCAAGGAAAAAUCAUCAUCUACAGUGUCAUCCCGCUACAAGGAGAGAGAAUCUUUGCCAGAAAUAAAGAAGGAGGGAGAGAAAGAUAAAGAGAAAAGUAAGAUCAAAGAGGCCAGCGGCGGAAUAGUUGACGAACACCGCAAGGAGACUAUCGAAGACACGAAGACAUUGGACACAGCUGACCCGACCAUACCGCAGACAUCUGGCAAGACAAGCAUCGUAGCAAAUAAGAGCCAAGAAUGAGCUAUCUUGAAGCUUCGGCGCAAUGAUAGGUUUUAGUUGAUUCUGCGCAAAACAUUCAAUUUUAUUCAUAGGUUUAAGUUAAGAGCGCAAUUGCGCCACGCUUGUUUUUCAUUUUAUAAUUAACAAACUAAUCUUGUUUUGGCAAGCAAGCAGUUCACGUUUCUUGUGUAGUAGAAGCGCAUUACUACCAACAGCAGGUUCAGAUUAAUAAUUACUGAUUUGCAUUACUGUACUCUUAGUGUACUCGAAUAGAGGAGCGGUUCGCAACCACUAGCUUCUAUGGAGCAGCAGAUACGCACGGAGAGCGGAUCGGAAAGGAGCAGAUGCGCACGGAAUUUUCUAACACCAUUCACAAUUUAAUUAAUCUCAGUAUUUGCAUCAUCGCGCAUAGCAAGGCAUGCUUACUGCUAGCCUUAAAACACAUUUUUUUCAUUUUGAUUUUACGUUUACUUGCAUGAUUUUUUAAGCUACGCGAACAUUGGAAUGUACUGCUACCACUGUUCUGCGAACCAAUUGUACAAUAAACAAAAUAUCUUUUUUUAAUUUUUCUAAUUGUAAAUACCACAAUCAAGAGCAAAAUAAAAUAAAAUGUACUUAUGCA